CGUGUACACGCGAGACUUGCAGUCUAUUAUAUUUGGCUCGGUUACCAUUUUGGCCCCUGCAUGCUGUGUCUUUCUUUCGGCUCAAAGUGUGACGUCAGAUGUGUGGGCUAUGCUAUCAAAAACAAUUAAGAGAAAGGCAAAAACCAAGCUGUGUGUCGUCAUCGUGUUUGUGUUGUCGCUGCCAUCCCACUUAAUAAGUCAACGUCACACGGUGUAUACAAGCAGGUGAAGUGAAACUGGUUUGAAUGUUUUGGGAACUACACGAUCUUCAUCUGUGGGUUGAAUAUCUUUGUGUUGGAGGGUAUCAUGGCUGAAAAAAUGGAGUUUGAAUUUGAUAACCCAAGCAAGGACAGUCAACAGUUUCAAAGUUGUGAGGACCAAAGUACAAGUUCACAAAGUUUGGACUUGGGCUCCUUUGCAAUGCCGUUUCUGGAGAGUGAGGAACAUAUGGAAGAACUGGAUGGGGAGAAGAAACCACUUGUUACUAGUGGAGGAAGUCCAAGUGGCUCAUCAUCACCACAGAGUCCUUUAGAAACAAGGAGAUAUACUUUUCCUUCUAACCCUAACAAACAUAGUAAAAAAAGAUGGCACAGUGGUCCUUCUGCUCAAACUUCAAGUUUACCAGGCAAGGUCAUGUAUACAAGCCCUCAGCCUAGAACAGGACCCAGCAAGUGCAUCGCAGACAAUGCACACCAGGACGUGUUUAGUAAGGCAUGA